AUGUUUUGUCUUGUAAAUAGGAAACAAAAAAUAACAUUUUAUUUUAGAUCUAUUACACUGACUAUGACCUCCACACAGGAAAAUGAAAAGUUGAUUAAAAAGCGCCAAAACGCAUAUAUCCGACAACGUCGUCAUAGAGCAAAUCUAGAUGAUCUGUCACUCGCAGCUAAACGUCAAAAAGAUCGUAAUCGAAAACGUUUAGCACGGUUACUUGCGACGGACGAAGAAAAGGAUGCGAUCCGUGCUAAAACUCGUAAUCGUGUUCGCCGGUUGCGAUUAGGUGAAGCAUCUUCCAAAAUGCUGUGUAACCCCAAAAAAUACCGAAAUGGUAUGAAUUUGACUCGAACUGUGGAAACGAAGAAUGAAAAACAAUUGAAUCGGGGUAACAAUGGUCAGCAGAUACGCAUAACACGUUCUUGUAUGAAAAAUGAAGAAAAACAUUUAUUCCCCGAACAACGUGAUGGUGAGAAAAAGAAAUUUAUAAGGUUGAAUGUCAAGAAUCGAGAAAAAAAAUCAUUAUUCAUCUAUCGAUGA